CGGCAACCUAGGUGCCACGGCGGACGGAGUGCCGAGCCACACCGCGUGCCAUUCCGCUCAGCCGAGGCACCAUGCUCGUCCCAGACAGAUUCGCCAUGUUUCUGCUGCUUUACGCCCAGGAGGCGAUCGAGCGGCCCGCCCCUGGUGACCCGCAGGGGAGCGCCAGGGGCCGGGCACCGCGAGCGCAGAACCUGCCGGACUGUACCGUUGACGACCUGCACGAACGACCGCGGCAAUCCACAGAAGAAACGAAUCGUUGCGAGAGAGGAAACAAACGACUGCCUCCAAGGGAACCCGCCGUUAGUGGAACAUUCGCAGCAACAGCCAUCGUUGCGAAUGAAAAUGUAGUCUGGAAUCUUCCUCUUCAUUACAGACGAAAUCUAACGUUUUGAGAAUGGGACUAAAAUGCUUGCUACCUCCAUGCGUAACCCAACCUUCCACCUUCAUGUAUGACUAAAUCUACUGUAUCAAAUCAGAUCGAUCACUUCAGCCCAGACCCGACCAGUCCGUCUAAACUACAGUCACCCCCACACCUCCAGUUGCCUUGGCG